AUGGCGCAAGUCGCCCGAAGUACCACCCCUCCCAAACGUCUAGGCAUAGCACCUGUCCUGUCACCGAGCCGCAUACCUCCUCCAGACAUUUUGGGUCUCUCGACAUCGCUACAAGGACAUGUUGGUCUCGACGUCUUCUCUCCGGUUGAUCAGAAUGGCAGCUUCUGCUUUGAUCGCGUCAUUAAGAGCAGCAAGGUCAACCGUCGAGUGAAGAAGAAGGGUGCCUUCCGCGCCAGUUGGAAACCUACAUAUCUUGUGCUACGGCCAAAUCUUCUCUCCAUCUAUGGAAACGCGGACGAAACAGACCUGCGAGACUCCGUUGGCUUGUCAGAUAUCACCGCAAUCGCGCGCGUGCGUAAGUCGCGCCAUGACAAUGUCUUCGGAGUGUUCAGUCCAUCCAAGAAUUACCACUUCCAGGCCGCCUCUGAAAGGGAUGCCAUUGACUGGGUCAGCCAGAUACGUCUCGAGGCACGUAUCGACGGCGGCGAAUCGCAAGAUCCAACACUCGAGCCCCCAGCGCCGCAAUUCUCGCGAACUGCCGCAAACGAUUCCUCUCAAUCCUACGGCUACGACACGACUGAUGUGUCUGCUGAUGAGUCACCUGACGCUUCGGCUUCUCCAGAGCAGCGACGGAAAACCACCUCCAGCCGUCCACGUACGCACUCAAACAUAGAGCCUUACACGUCGGGACCAGACUUCAACACAUCGCACAGUGACUUCAGCGACUUCCAGCCAGGCACGUCGCUGCCAAAGAAUCUGCCCAGUGCCAGUCGCCCGCUGUCGCCGAUCCCGUCGGCCAAUGCUCUUCGCCCUGCGAUGACUGAGCGAAAUCCAUCGCAAUUUUCAAUUACACAUGAUACACAGCACUCUCGACGGCCGCCGCAAUCUUCGGGCGGAAUACCCGCCACGCCAGCCACAGCUUACGACCAGCGGGACCCCUUGCGACCCAUCCGCCAGGGUUUCCUGACUGUCCUGUCGUCCAAACCGGCAGGUAUCAAAUCUUGGAAGAGCCUGUUCGCUGUCCUGCGGCCCAAGAAUCUCUCGUUCUACAAGAACGAGAACGAGUACUCGGUGUUGAGAAUGAUCUCUGCGUCCAGCAUCAUCGAAGCGGUGGAGAUCGACCCUGUGAGUCGUAGUCGCGUGUAUUGUUUCGAAGUCAUCGCCGAGGAAAAGGUUGUUCGGUGCUGUGUGAAAAGCGAAGCCGAGCUUGAGGGCUGGCUAGGUGCGUUUAAAAGCGUCAUCAUGGGCGUCAAGCGCGAAAGAGAAAGGGAGCUGGAAUUAUGGACGGAGAAGGAGCGCUUCAAAGACAAGGAGAAAAUGAAAGAAGUGAGCGCGGGAAGUGGCUCGUCACCAAUGGUGGUGGAAGGUAUGAACAGGCUGAGCGUGCAUUAG